AUGACGGAGGCAAAAGACUGGCACCGAGACACGAUCGAGCGUGACGCGAGGGACGAGGUUGGGUCCGGAUGGCGACCAGAGUUCCGUCCGAGCCAGGCCAACAUCGCAAUUCCCCGAGCAGUGCUGGAGAAGAUGUAUCUCAGCCCGCCGACCAAUGUGACGGGCGAUUUCCGGAACAUGAUGGCAAGAGAAGCAUUCUCCCCCUGAAUGCACGACGGCUGACACACCGAAGGCCAACCCGACCCCACUCGGCCUCGUGGGCUUCUUGGUCGCCACAUUGCCGAUGAGCUGUGCACUCAUGGGCCUGGGCGGUGCUGGAGGUGGUGGAGCUGCCACAUCGUAUGCAGGAUUCCCGACGUGAGCAUUGCGCGAGAAGGCAUUGACUGACGAGAUCCCAGUGGUCUGGGUAUGUGGUUUGGCGGGACGCUCCAGAUGAUCGCAUGUAUCAUGGAAUGGUUCCUGGGCAACACAUUCAGCUUCCUGAUCUUCGGCACCUUUGGUAGGGAGGCCUCUCCAUCAUGUUCGGCACACGCUGAUACGGCAUAGGGGCGGCGUGGUUUGCGCUGUCGUCCGCCGGGCAAGCCGAGCAGGCCUUUGUGGAUGGUCUUACCCAGCAGGGCGUGGAUCAAGCUGCUGCAGAAGCGCAAUUCCAGGCGAGCUUUGGUGAGUGACUACGUCGUCUAUACUCGGAUGCAGCCACUCACUCUCUGACGUGGACGCAGCAUGGGGCCUCGUGGUGUUUGGCCUCUUGAUCAUCACCUUUGGACUGUGCGCGUUACGGACGAACGUGGUAUUCGUGGUGUGUUUCGCCAUUGUGAGCAACGCGGUGUUUCUGCUUGCCGGAUCGUACUGGGUCAUGGCGCGUGGAAGAGGCGAGCUGGCGGUGAGGAUGCAAAAGGUGGGUCGGGUCGUUGGCGGAAUCGCAUGAGUUGAAGCAGCACUGACCGACGUGGAUGCGGAUGCUGAUGCGGAUGCAGGCGGUGGGGGCCAUCUUCUUCUUCUGCUGCGUGCUGGCGUGGUACCUCCUGGUGGCCAACCUGCUCGAGGUGCUCGAAUUCGGCUAUUCGCUGCCGGUGGGAGACCUCAGCGCGAAACUGGGCCGACACGGCAAGCAGGCCGAGUUCCGAGAUCGGUCGCAGUCGGUGUAG